AAAAAAUUAAGGUGAAAUAUUUUUUGAAAGGGAGGAGUAAUAGGCCCAAAAAUUGGGGAUUAUACCCGUCCAUUACCAAGGCCCAAUCACAUCUAAAUAGAGGCUGUCGCCUCUUCCCUCGCUCACUCGGAGCUUCAACAUUUAUCCUGUUGCAGCAAGGCGAAUCCCGGACGCGAAGCCUCGUCGCCGGCGACAGAGCACCGGAAGCCGGAGAGCUCUAAUUACAGAGUCUUAGUCAUCUUCUCCAUGGGCAUGGAGAUUGACAGAGCCGAUGGCCGGACGGCGAACCAGAUCAGACCGCUGUCGUGCUCCCGCGGCGUCCUCAACCGCGCCCAUGGCUCCGCCAGCUGGUCACAAGGAGAGACCAAAGUUCUGGCUGCUGUUUAUGGACCGAAGGCUGGGACGAAGAAGAAUGAAAACCCUGAAAAGGCUUGUAUUGAGGUCAUCUGGAAGCCCAAAACUGGACAAAUAGGGAAGCAGGAAAAGGAGAAUGAGAUGAUAGUGAGGAGGACACUACAGAGCAUUUGCCUUUUGACUGUUCAUCCAAACACUACAACAUCAGUAAUAAUUCAGGUUGUCAAUGAUGAUGGAGCUCUUCUCCCUUGUGCUAUUAAUGCAGCGUGUGCUGCUCUUGUAGAUGCCGGAAUUCCUUUGAAGCACCUUGCUGUUGCAAUUGGUUGCUGCUUGGGAGAGAGUAAAUAUGUUCUACUUGACCCUGACAAGUCUGAAGAGCAGAAAAUGAAGGCAUCUGUGCAUCUAGUCUUCCCAAACACCCUUAACUCAGUCGUCCCCAAAGAAGAAGAAUCAUCAAAGGCGGGAGAUGAACCGUUGGAAUGUGGGAUCAUAACAUCCGUUGCACAUGGCACAUUGGAAGUGGAGGAUUACCUGCGCUGUGUGAAGCGGGGGCGGGCAGCUGGCGCCAAGUUAUCUGAAUAUCUCAGAAGAAGUUUUCAGCCAAACUGAACCUUAUAAACCUGUCAAUGCACACUUGCAUAGCUGCAUUACCCUUAAAUCUUCAAAUGUUCAUAGCUUACAGUAUUGUUAGUACUAAAAGUUCUUGGAGAUGGAAAUGCACAUCACAAGUCGAUGAUUAGAUUGCUCAUUUCAUCAAUUAGAGUUUUUGUUUUUGGGGGUUCUAUCUGAUCUGUUGUUAUUGGAACUUGUAUUAAGAAUGGUUUCCAUUGGUAUUUGUGUUGUUUCUUGCAUUUAUUUAUCUAGACUUCACACCAAAUCUCUUAUUAGGGAGAUUCUAAGUAGGGUCUGGGGAAUGUAACGCAUAAAUGAACAAAUGCUAA